AUGCACUUCACGACCUCCGCCAUCCUCCUGGCCCUCAUCACUACCAUCUCCGCCAGCGCCAUCGCCAAUCCUCUCCCAACGGCCGCUCCACUCCUCUCUCGCCGCGCCACCCGCGCCUCUUCCGGCAACGGCAUGCCAGCCUCCUCCGGCACCACAGCUCUCAGCGCCGUCAAGACCAUCGCCGCCGGCCAGACCUUCGACGGCGGAAUGAAAGUCUAUGAUCGUGGCGUCUCCUGUACUGGACAAGCGGAGGGAGGCGACAGCGAUGCCGUCUUUAUCCUUGAGAAGGGAGCGACGUUGAAGAAUGUCAUUAUUGGGCCACGGCAGAUUGAGGGCGUGCAUUGUAAUGGCGGGUGUAAGCUUGAGAAUGUUUGGUGGUCUGCUGUUUGUGAAGAUGCGUUUACUGUGAAGAAGCAGGCUGCUGGCGAGACCACUACCAUCAAAGGUGGUGGAGCCUUUGGCGCUGAGGACAAGGUCCUCCAGCACAAUGGCGCAGGGACAGUCUCCGUCUCCGGCUUCACCGUCGACAAUUUCGGCAAACUCUACCGUAGCUGUGGAAACUGCAAGACCAUGUAUGAGCGUCAUGUGAUCCUCGACAGCAUCACGGCAUCCUCGGGCAAGAUCCUUGCUGGUAUCAACUCGAACUACGGCGAUACAGCGACCUUCUCGAAUGUCAAAGUAUCUGGUGUCAAGGAUAUCUGUGUCACCUACACUGGCAACAGCAAGGGUGACGAGCCGAAGAAGAACGGUUCUGGACCGAGCGAGAGCUGUCUUUAUGAUAGCGGUGAUGUUUCUGGUGCAUAG